CUUUUAUUCCGAAAAAGUCAGAUAGGAAGUGUAGCACACAGUGCCCAGACAACCAGAUUGUGGUGAGGUGUAAGGAGCGAUUGCUAUGGCAGAUUUGUCGUUGUAUUUAACUAAUGUGAAUGUUUCACUUGGGCAAACUAUGGAAACUGAUAAGAAUCUAAAAGGAGAGAACGACUUUGAGAGGGUGGAAAUGGGAGACUCUGCGGGGAGGCAGGGCAAAGUGAAGGUUCCCCGCAGGACCAUCUUCUUUGCUAGUGGAGAGACCAUGGAGGAGUACAGCACCGAUGAAGAGGAAGAAGUGGAUGAGCCUGUGAAGAGAGAUGUCUUACCUGUAGAUACGUCCAAACUGACCUGGGGUCCAUAUUUCUGGUUCCACAUGUGGAGAAUGGGCACUUCUACUAUCUCAGUGUGUGACUUCAUGGGAGAGAGACUGGCCUCUCUGUUCGGCAUCACUUCUCCUAAAUACCAGUACGCUAUAGAUGAGUACUACCGCAUAAAGAAAGAGGAGGAGGAGGAAGAGGAGGAGAACCGUCUGGCUGACACGGCGGAGCAUCGCUUUGCAGAGCAGCGACGAGGCGAGCACAACGACCCUCACCCUGCCACCGUGGAUCAGCCGGAAGCUUCCAGAGCCUCCUUUGUAAACAUUAGCUUUGAGCUGGAACCUGAAGCUCCUCUCAGCACCACAGAAACAAACAGAGUGCCCUCCCCACUUCCCUCAUGAAAACUUCAGCAUUUCUCUCCAUUACAAGUCCGAACACAUUAAUUGACUUUGCUUUAUAGAUUAAUAAUACUGUUAUUUUUUUAUUUUAUAGUACUCCGUGCAGGGAGAAAUACAAAGGGCUGUAGCAGUGCACUCGCCGUACCUGUGAAUUUAAGUGUGUGUAAGGCGUUAAAAUCCUAUGCAAGACUGAGAGGUAUCUUUGAACUGUUUUGUUGAGCAUAAAAGGCUAAGUUGAGAAAGGUAAAUAAAUGGUGGGUGUUACAUUUUUUGAGAAAUACAUAAUAAAUCUCAAAUGUUGUUUAUUAUUUAAUAAAUAGAUGGAAAUCCAACGUAAGCUGAACAGAGAACGAAAGGUUAAAUAUUGUCCCUUCCUCUGGUAUGAGCAUGAACACACACAUGAUUCUACUACUGGAUAUAUGCAAAGUCAGACAUUUCACUACAUAAACCAAGUUUGUAAACACAUGACCUGAGUUAUUGCCUAGGCCUGGGUUAAUCCAACAUCUAAAUUCACAGGAGUAAGAUUUGCUUUCACAUAUUAGCUAAUAUCUAUCUAGCAUAUGAAUCUUGUGUUACAUCUUUACAUAGCAGCACAUACUAACUGAUUUCAUGGCUCUCCUGCAAAUAAUUAUAACAAAUCUAUGUCUGCAUAGUGUAUUGAUAGACCAAAAAACCUCCCGGUCACUAUAGUGUCUUUAAGAUAAAGUUAAGUAUUGCAUCACUAUUGUGUAGAUGGAUAUAUGUCAUUGAGAUUUGGAGCCGUGUGAGAAGUAACACUUUUUGUUCAAAUGUACUUUAAUACUUACCUCAAAGAGACGGUAUGCUUUCUUUGUACUUGUAAACAUGUAAACAUUGAUUCUGUGAUGAUAUCAAUUGACAAACAGAACGACCUACUAUGAUCUACACUAUUGCCUUCAUGUUGUUGAGGGUUCAUCUUAAAGUGUCCUUGUUGAAGCGUCUGAGUGCAGCAGGCGUAACACUGAGCUAUCAUAAGCUGCUUAUUGAUUCUUUUUAUCCUCUGACAUGGCUGAGUGACAGGCCUCAGAUCUCAGAGCAGCCCUGAAGUGGUGAAGAUUCAGAGAAAUGACAAUGAUCUAGUGCUAGAAGAGAUUUCUUUAUGGGCUUUAAAGAAGUAUUGGAUGCAACAAAUCAGAGCCGAUGCAUGUAUAUAACACUGUGGGUUUCUGUCCGUCUUCAAUGAAGGAUAUUAGUUGUGCUUUUUAAAGGAAAAAGGAAAAUAUGCAAAAGCUAUUUUAACAAACCUUUAUUGAAUAUGUGUAUACAUAUCUAUAUUUUCUGUGUUAAUAAAACCGUUAAACAAUC